AUGAGCUACAUUUUAACAAUGGAGAACAUCAGUAACUUGAGAAGACGAUUCCAGCAGCUUCGUUUUUCGGCAAAUAUUUUGACGAACUGCCGUAACAAUAACUUGGUGUUCCUUGUUUGGCAUUCACUCAGAAAAACAGGGCUAGUUAUGAGUCUCGAUAAUGGUGGAGUACACUGGAUGGCGAACGUUGCUAUGGCCAGUUUUCUGGUCACAACUGUAAUGCAAAUAAUAGAUUUGUUUCUUUCAAUAAACGACCCUGACCGCCUUUUCGAAUGCUUCAGUAUCCUCUCUUUUUGUGGAUUGGGUGUUAUCAAGCUGUUGUCACUGCGUUACGAUGGCGAUCAAUGGCGUAACCUUCUAAAGGAAGCAUCAAAACUAGAAAAAGAAGAAUUAAAUAAUGAGAACCUAUCGCCGCUGGAUUAUGAAUCCGAUAAUGAGGACGAAUAUAGCGUUUCUAAAUAUUACGUUGAACGAUACACAAAAGCAUUCAAUGCAACUUUCAAGCUCUUAACAAGAAUUUAUUUAUUUACAGAGUUUGUAUACAUUACUUCACCAUUUAUUGAAUAUGCGCUUUUUAAAUAUAAAAACCCAGAAAUCGUUUAUUAUCCGCACAUAUUGCCAUUAUGGACGCCAUUGGAUGACGUUGUAUUUGGUUACAUAUUAACCAUUUUGUUGGAGUUGAUUUCUGCUGCGUACUGCGUAUCUGUACACGUGGCUUUUGAUUUAUCUGCAGUGGGCCUAAUGAUGUUUAUUCGUGGUCAAUUCUGUUUACUUCACGCAAAAAGUGAACGAAUUGGAGGCAAAGGUAAAAAAUAUAACCUGUCAAAAACAAGAGAUUUAAGAGCUCAUCUAAGAAUCAAAAAUUGUCAUCGAUUACACAUUGUACUCGUGAGUCUGGUGAAGCAAUUGAACAAACUUACGAAGAAUAUAUUAGGAAUUUACUUUUACCUUGCUACGAUAACGCUGUGCUUAGUUGCGGUACAGCUUCAAUCGGAUUUAAGCACUACGCAACUCAUGUCCCUCCUUCAGUACAUGAUGGCAACACUUACACAGCUAUUUCUAUUCUGCAACUACGGUGACGCUGUUUUAAAUGAGAGCACAGUUGGCAUGGGUAUGAGUCCACAAGGCUCGGCAUGGUGGUGUCUCAGUCCUCGAGUCCGAAAGGAAUUGCUACUGUUGGGAAUAGGAAUGUCGCGUCGCUAUGAGCUGUACGCUGGGCCUUUUUUCUCGCUUAGUUUGCCUUCUUUUAUUCAGAUCGUCCGCACAGCUUACAGCUUUUACGCAGUACUACGACAAAAAUCCAGUUAA